AUGCCAGGAAAGAUCAGCGAAUGGACCGACUUCUCCUUAACCGAGGACCAGAAGUGGCAUUGGAUGGACCACGGUUUCAUCAAGAUCGAAAACUGCUUCUCCCCCGAGUUCGCUGAGAAAUGGACCAGCUCCAUCUGGACGAGACUCGGCGCCUCGCCGGACGACAAGUCGACAUGGCCGACGGAGAAGCUGAACAUGCCUGGCCACACGGUCGUCUCGAUCAAGGAACACGCGCCCAAGGCGUACGCGGCCAUGUGUGAGUUGGUGGGAGGGGAGGAUCGAGUGGCUGAAUGGUGCAAAUUCUGGAAAGACGGCUUCAUCCCCAACCUGGGAAAACCCGAGUACAAGGAAUCAGACCCGCUGGACAUGAGGUCCCUCGACAACUGGCACUGCGAUGGCGACUGGUUCACCCACUUCCUCGACUCGCCCGAGCAAGCACUGUUAGUGAUUCCCUUGUUGACCGAGAUCAAGCCCAAGGGAGGCGGCACCGUCAUCUGUACGGACGGAAUAAAGUUGGUGGCGGAGAGAUUGUACUCGAUGCCCCAGGGCGCCACGCCGUAUCUCGCGCCUCGAGGAUCCCCCGAGAUCCCCAAGUCGAAUCCGGACCGCCGAAAGCUGUGGAACUCGUGGGUCCAGGACCCCAGCCUCUGCCGCGACGAGUCCUUCCACGAAGCCACCGGCAAGGUCGGCGACGUCUACUUCCUCCACCCGUUCAUGCUCCACUCGGCGUCGCGCAACCUGCUUCGAAACGUCCGCAUCAUCACGAACCCGCCCGUCGCCCUCAAGGAGCCCUUCAAUUACAACAGGCCCGACGGCAAGUAUAGCCUCGUCGAGGCCAAGACACUCAAGGACCUGGGUCGGCCGGAGGGUUUGCCCGAGUGGAAAAUUACGGCGCCGAGGGAGUUACUUCCCAGUGCGGGCGGGAGGAUAAAGAUGCAAGAGGAAAUGAAACGACAGGAACUGGAGCGCUUGAAAAAGGCCGGCAAGCCAAUCCACACACUCGAAGGAUCCAGCGAAUAUGGGCUCGAGUACUAUCCAUCUUAG